AUGGGCUCACAUAUGGAUGAUGUGCGACCGCUCGAUGCGUCGCAAUUAAGAUAUGCCUACACGACCACCCCGCGAGAUGUGCCCGAUGCCAAAACCCUUGCCAGUAACAAAAAAACGAUAUGUACCGACCACAUGAUUGUUGCAUCUUGGAAUGUCGAGAGCGGCUGGUCAGUCCCAGAGCUCAAGCCCUACGGUCCUUUCAGCAUUCUUCCGAGUGCAUCCUGCCUCCACUACGCCUACGAAUGUUUCGAAGGGCUCAAGGCCUACCGUGGCCAUGACGGAAAAUUACGAAUGUUCCGAACCGAGCGCAAUGCGAGCCGCCUUCUGAUGUCUGCCGAGCGGAUUUCCCUUCCUCAGUUCGACCCGGAUGAAUUGGAAAAGCUCAUAUUUGCAUUGCUUUCGGUGGAUGGUGCCAAGUGGCUUCCUAAGAGUCGCGCUGGAGACUUCUUAUACGUCCGCCCAACCAUGAUCGGCACGGACUCCCAACUCGGCAUGGUACGCCCAACGGAGGCGCUACUAUAUAUCAUUGUUGGUUAUAUGGCUCGCAUGGAUACGCCGAUAGGCGGAAAGCGCCUGUUGACGAGCCCUGACGAUAUGGUACGCUCUUGGGUUGGCGGAUUCGGGUACGCUAAGGUCGGCGCCAACUAUGGACCGUCGGUGCUAGCCACGCAAGAAGCCUUCCGUCAAGGCUACCACCAAGUUUUAUGGCUGUAUGGCCGUGAAGGUGAUUGUACCGAGGCUGGCGGGAGUAACUUCUUCGUGGUCUGGAAACGCAAGGACGGCAAGAAGGAGCUUAUCACAGCCCCAUUGGACGAUCAGUUGAUUUUGAACGGAGUCACACGUCGAAGUUGCCUUGACUUGGUGAGAGAGCGAUUGAAGGAUGAGGUCGAAGUCACCGAGCGCAAGUUCACCAUCGGUGAAAUUCAGGAGGCAGCCAUGGAAGGCCGACUCCUGGAGUCCUUCUCUGCUGGUACAGCUUGGUUCAUUACCCCUAUCGCUCUCAUUCACCACCGCGGAAAAGACAUCAACAUCCCUACCGGCCCCGAUGGCACUCCUGCCGAAAUUACAGGGAAAAUCAAGGGCUGGCUGGGCGAUAUGAUGUAUGGACGCGUGGAGCAUGAAUGGGCGCGAGUGGUACCCGAGAAGGAGCUCAAGGUUUAGUUAUGGUUUCGGAUCAGGUUCACAGAUAC